CUCUUUUAUUUCUCUCCUUCGUCAUCAUCAAAAUUCUCAAACGGGAUACAGCUAGUCGAGUUUCUGGACAGUACCUUAGCCGUUGUUCUCAUUACAUCUCCAUAGUAAGGAUACGGAGGGAGUGAGAGAUUGGGGCUAUUAGCGCGACAGAACCCAUCUGUCUUCUUUGAUCUGAACUGAUCUCUCUGAUUCAAAAUGGGCGACACCAUUAACGCCAACGGGAGCAACGAAGCCGGUAUUAGCGAUGCAGCUUUAUACGAUUUGAGGAGAGCCAAGACGAGGCUGGAUACUCUCGCUGACAAGCCCAAGUGGGAUCUCGGCGACACGGCAGAUUUCGAUUGCAUGCACUAUCUAGGCGAUGCUGCCUUGGAAAAAGCAUGCAAAACAUUAGGCAUGGAACGUGGACAGACGGUUGUCGAUAUCGGCUCGGGCUUCAGCGCCACCGGUCGCUAUUUGCACAAGCGGUGCGGCGUUGAUGUCACAGGCAUCGAGCUUCAGCCCGAAAUCCACCAACUCGCCGAGACCAUCACGGAGCGAAACGGCCUCGCGGCAGGUGUACGCUCAGUCAACGCAGACUUUACGAAACUCACGCUGGACAAACCGGUGGACUAUAUCAUCUCGUUUCUAUGCAUUCUGCACAUCCCUGACAGGGACACGCUGUUCCAAAAAGCAGCCAGCACCCUGAAGACUGGAGGGAAACUCUACAUUGAGGAUUAUUUCGCUCGAACGGCGCUCAGCAAGGAGGUUGGCGACCAAUUGCGCGACAUUGUGUCCUGUCCUUACCUACCAAGUCGUGAUCAGUACAUAUCAGACCUGGAAAAGGCAGGAUUUCGUGAUGUCCAGUUUGAAGAAGUGACAGAAGAAUGGGCCAAAUUCGUGCACGAACGGGCAGUCAGUAACCGACAAAGCGGAACAAGUGAGGCACCACUUACUUUAUUCUACGAUACGGUUGACGCGUUGUUUGCUAGCCGUGAGCUGGGAGGUGUGUGCCUCACGGCUACUAAAGCAUAAGAAUGUAGAUACUGCAGCAACUGACUUGUAUAAUCCGAUCUGUAGUUGUGUUGAUGUAUUAGGCCAUUCUGAAGUAGCUUGCAACUUUAGUAUGAUACGAUAGCUUA